UAGGGUUUUGGAGCGCUUAGAUUUUAGGGCUUGGAGUGGGAUGGAUUGGCCCAGGGCGCUCCAUCCCUACUACGCAUUCCACGGCGCGGCGAUCAUCUCAUACCUCGUGCUCCAUCACACGGUGCUGCGAUCUGCCGCGCCUUCUGCUCGAUCGCGGCUCGAGAAAUGGGAAAUGCAAGCUGCAUUGAGCUUGGGGAUCGUCCUGGCGAUCAGGUGUGUGAGGCGGAUUACGUGGGAGGUUUUCUUGUCGGAUGCUCUUUUAUACUCCAAAGCUUUGGUGGCAUUGCUCGCUUUUAUGCUGGAUUGGAGGCUUCUAGCAUGGUACCUAGUUAUCUUUGCAAUGCUGUUUCUUCUUUGUGUCCAGCCAGCGCCCUCAGAUGAAGGUAACGUCCUUCCACUCACACCUUUGCAACUAGAAAAUCUUCUUACGGACGGAAAUCAGAAUAUCGUUCGACUGGUUGAAUUCGGAGCUGUAUGGUCCCCUCGCUGCGUUCAACUGAGGAGACUCUUCUCCGAAAUCUCAGUCAGAUACUCGAAAAGCGGUGUGCAGUUUUCACGGAUUGACUUGGGACGAUUUCCGAGUGUUGCUGCUAAAUACGGCAUAGAAUUUGGAGUUGCUCUUCGGCAGCUUCCAACGCUGAUAAUGUUUGAAGGAGAAAACGAAGUGUGUAGAUUGCCGGAACGAAGCUAUGAUGGCACAUUUUCAGCUCAAAGCUUAUCAGAGAAGAAUAUCAUCCAAAAGUUUGGACUUGACGCUCACAUGCUGCAAAGAAUGUCUCGUCAAAUCCAACUUCGCCAGAGCUUUCAAACUGUGAAGCAAAGCAAUUGAUUGGAAGGCCCGGUGUCGAGGUAGUCGAGAGGAACACCGCUAGUGGCAGUGAGAUUGGGCUGCACAAGCCCCUCUCUUUCGAUAAUCCUGAACUCUACUGGAGUAGACUUGGCCGGAAGCUC